GUUCGUGUGAAGGAAACACGGAUUUCCACCCUUCUUUACCAGUUAAACCAGUAUCUCUGGAUAGUACACGCUCAAGUACAGCAACAGUUUUUACCCUUGUGGUCCCUGAUGGCUUCGCACAGUGAUACUCUGGUGGUGUUCUUUGGGGCAACAGCUGGUGCAAAUGGGGGUAAACUGGGUUCGGAUGAGAGGGAAAUAAUUCUCUUGGUGUGGCAAAUUGUGGAUCUACAUGAGAAAAAGGUUGGGAAGCUUCAUAAAUGUUUUGUCAAGCCAGACACUUUGGAGCUGACAGAUCAGUGCAAAGAAGAGACUGGGUUGACGUUGGAGGACAUCGUUGAUGCUGAGCCCCUGGACAAAGUUCUGGAACAGAUCCAGCAGUCUGUGUCAUCAGAAGUAAAACGCCUCGGCAGAAGUUCGUACACGCUGUUGGUGAACGGUCCUCACGUCAUUCGACAGGCCCUCCAUCCAGAAGCCUCCAAAAAGAAUCUUGUACUGCCGGAGUGUUUCUUUUCGUUUGUGGACCUGCGGAAAGAGUUUCUCAAAUGCUGCCCAAAUGCCAGCUCUGUGCCGAAGCUCACACUCUCCUCCAUGUUGGAUUAUGUUGGUCUCCCUGCGGAGUCAGAGGAGACGAUAGGUGUGAGAGAGGCGAACAGCAUGGUGCAGCUGACGCUUUGCAUCCUGGAUGAGCCAUACAAUCAUAAAUUCUACUGUGCUGAAACUGUGAAUUCCAAGUUUGACUCUGGCACAUGCAGUAAGACGGAGCCGGUGGACAGCGAGACGGUGAUCAGAGCAAGGGGCCUUCCGUGGCAAUCAUCAGACCAGGAUAUCGCUCGUUUCUUUAAGGGACUCAAUAUUGCCAAGGGCGGCGUGGCCCUCUGUCUGAACGCUCAGGGCCGGAGGAACGGGGAAGCCUUGGUUCGCUUCAUCAACGCAGAGCACAGAGACCUGGCUCUGGAGCGCCACAAACAUCACAUGGGCAGCAGAUACAUUGAAGUCUACAAAGCGACGGGAGAGGAAUUUCUCAAGAUUGCUGGAGGGACGUCCAAUGAGGUGGCCCAGUUCCUGUCUAAAGAGAACCAGGUGAUCAUACGAAUGCGCGGGCUGCCGUUCACGGCGACGACACAGGAGGUGCUGUCCUUCCUCGGUCCUGAGAGUCCCGUCACGGACGGCGCAGAGGGGCUCCUCUUUGUCAAGUACCCCGACGGACGGCCCACUGGUGAUGCCUUCGUGCUUUUCUCCUGCGAGGAAUAUGCUCAGAACGCUCUGAAGAAGCACAAACAGAUUCUGGGGAAGCGGUAUAUCGAGUUGUUUCGGAGCACUGCAGCCGAGGUGCAACAGGUUCUGAAUCGUUACAUGUCCACACCGCUGAUCUCCACGCUGCCUCCAUCACCCAUCGUACCGCUUCCAGUCCUCUCCACGCCUCCCUUCCUGCCGACGGCCAGCAGCACGCGCGACUGCGUGCGGCUCCGCGGGCUGCCGUACACCGCCGGCAUCGAGGACAUCCUGGAGUUCAUGGGCGACCAUACGGUUGACAUAAAGACUCAUGGAGUCCACAUGGUCCUUAACCAGCAGAGCCGACCUUCUGGCGACGCCUUCAUCCAAAUGAAGUCACCUGACAAGGCGUUCUUGGUGGCCCAGAAGUGCCACAAAAAGACAAUGAAGGACCGAUAUGUUGAGGUCUUCCAGUGCUCCACAGAGGAGAUGAGCAUUGUUCUGAUGGGAGGAACGCUGAACCGCAGCGGCCUCUCUCCUCCACCCUGCAAACUUCCCUGUCUGUCCCCUCCUACAGCAUAUGCUGCCUUCCCCACUUCGCCUGCCAUCCUCUCUGAAGCGGCCCUGUACCAGCCCCCCCUGCUGGCGGCCCCCCGUGGCCCUCAGACUGCCGUGCACAGCCCUGCUCACGCUCUGGCCUACUACCCCCCUCAGCCGCAUCUCUACAUGAACAUGAACAUGAACUACACUGCUUACUACCCCAGCCCCCCGGUUUCUCCCUCCACUGUCGGCUACUUUGCGGCUCCACCGGGCGCCAUGGCGGCUGCGGUGGCGGCUCCGGCCCACCCGGCGGCGGCCGCCGCCUCCUCCGUCCUGCCGCAGCCGGGCGCCCUGGUCAGGAUGCAGGGUCUGCCGUACAACACCGGAGUCAAAGACAUCCUCAGCUUCUUUCAGGGAUAUCAGUACGGCCCUGACGAGUACAGCGGCUUGGUUCAGAUGAACGAACAGGCCAGGAGUCUGAUUCAGCCCAAAGAAUGGCUCUGCCUUUAGGGCUCACCCCAAGCUCCAACCAGACGCCGUGCUUAUCUUGUAUAACUUCAGCGGUCAGUGCAGCGGCGAGGCCUUGAUCACCUUCCCCAACGAGGACACCGCCCGGCGCGCCGUAGCCGAGCGCUCAGGCCACCCUUUCUACGGCCAGCAGAUCCACUUGGUUUUCUGUAACUGACCACCAGCUCUCCAUCUUUCCUCCCCUUUCCAAUAGAAACGCCUCCAAACUCUUUACAGAGAACCUGCCGAACUCUUCCCUCUCUCUGCACGAUCUGUAUUUUGAUCACACACCUCUCCGCCGGCCCUCACACUCCUGAAGCUGCUGCUGCUGCUGCUGGAGCCGGGCCUUCCACAGUCGAAGCAGCCCGACGCUGGACUUUGUGACUUUGCUCCUGCUGGUGGGGAAGGAAUGGCGUGAAGCCUGGACCGAGCAGGCAGCCACUCUGCAAAGCCAAACUUGGAGAUAAAUGUAUUCUCUUUGAAACUGUACAGACCCGUCUCCUGAAAUGCUUGAGGCUGUAUAUACAUUUAAACACGUUUGUCUUUAUUUUUCUGAACUGUAACGCUUUAACCACUUUCAGAUUUAGAGUUUUGUGUUUAUGAACAUUUUUGUUGGCUGCAAAAAGAAAUGUGUGGAGGCUAAAUAUUCUCCAGCAGCUUAGUUAUGAUGAUGAAAACGUCUAAGCCAUACGGACUACUUUAUACUUCUGAAUCAAAGUCAAUCAGCAUGCUAAAACUGUCAUGAUUUAAAUUGUAGCUAGUGACUUUAAGCUUCAGGGAAUAUUAGUUUAUACUACUGUGUGGCACAUCUGUGUCAGUGUAUGAAUUGACCUGUGACUUUUUUUUUUUUUUUUUAAAGCAUUUAUUUUGUGACCACCAGCAUGUCUCCACCUUUAAGUAUUUUCUAAGCACUACAGAUGUUUUCGGGUUGCUCCACUCGCAGAGAUGCUACAUCUUUAACAGUUUGACAGUAAAUUAUUUCUAGUUUCACUGAUACUUAUUUACAAAAGCUGAAACUUUAUUAAAUGUCAAAAUGACUUAGUUUUUUUUCCCCCCUGUAGUCUUACAUAUUGAUUGACCCAUAGCAGCUGCUGCUUUGGUUUUUGUUUUCAGACUAAAACAGCCAGUCUGCACCAUGAUUUGGUUCCUGUGAACAAUGACAGAACUGUGUAAAACUGCAGGAGCCUGUUGUUUUUUUUUUUUCUUCCUUCCUGUGAGAGGCCAACUGAAUUGUCUUAGUUUUUUUUUUUCUCUUUACCAAGCAUAUAUUACCCAGAGUGCAAUACUGGCCCACAGGAGGCAUAGGAGCCUCUGGUGGCAGAUGAAAAAUUUGUUUUGUUGUGACGUAAGGAUGCAUGAAUUUAGGUCUAUGUAUAAAAUGUAAACAAUAAAAAAUAUCAACAAAUAAACAUGC